AUGAAAUUGGGUCGUGACAGUAUUGCUCACAUUCUCAAUCUUGUGGUUUCUGAUGGUUUGAAAGAGUCUGGUUCUUCAUAUGAAAAAGUUAGAGGGGCAGUUAGGUACAUUAAAAAUUCACCUCUUAGAUUGAGUAAGUUUAAAGAGUGUAAAAAGUCUACAGAAACUGUUUGUAAGCGUUCAUUGUGUUUAGAUGUCCCAACUAGGUGGAAUUCAACAUAUCUCAUGUUGAGUACUGCUUUAUUGUAUCAAAAAGUGUUUGAAGAGUAUGAGGAAGUUGAGUCCAGUUUUAAAAAAGACCUUGGUGAUGAUGUGCCUGAUUCUAAUGAUUGGGACAAUGUUAGGGAGUUAUGUGGUAUGUUAGAAUGCUUUUAUAAAAUGACACUUAGAGUUUCUGGUUCUCUCUAUGUGACUUCUAACAACCAUCUCAAUGAGAUUUCUGAUUUGUGUACAAUUCUUCAAGAUUGGAUUGCUUCUAGUGAUGUGUCUUUGAGGUUAAUGGGAACUAGAAUGAAAGCAAAGUUUGAUAAGUAUUGGGGGGAUCCAUUGGUAAUGAACAAACUGAUUUUUUUUGCAAAUAUAUUAGACCCAAGGGAUAGGAUUCUGUACAUGGAGUAUACUUUGUCUCAGAUGUAUGGCUCAUGCAAAGGGAAAUUCUUGUUUACUUGUUUGAUGGAUGACUUGCAUGAUCUGUUUAAUGAUUAUGAUGUGCAAUACAAGAAAGAGUUGGCUGUUGCUGGCCAAGGUAGCUCCCAAUCUGAAACUCUUUCCCAAUGCUCUCAAGCCAACUCUGUGUUGAAAGAAAGGUUCAUGCAGCAAAUGUUGGAGACUGGUGGUGUGGGUGUAACCAAAAAAUCUGAACUUGAUGUGUACUUAAGUGAAGCAGUAGUUCCUAAUGAUGGGAAUUUUGAUAUCUUAAGAUGGUGGAAGUUCAAUUCUGAAAGGUUUCCAGUCCUAUCUAGACUUGCUCGUGAUAUACUUGCAGUACCAGUCUCUACAGUUGCUUCAGAGUCUGCUUUCAGCACUGGUGGAAGAGUGCUAGAUGACUUUAGGAGUUGUUUAACUCCUAAGAUUGUGGAGGCCUUGAUUUGCACUCAGGAUUGGCUAAGAGAUCCAUCAAAACAUGUUUCUGUUGAGCAGUCUUUGGAGGAGUUGGAGGAGAUAGAAGAAGGUUUUCAGGAUCCAGCAAAUGCUAUAAAUGAUUAA